UGUUAUCUGUGUUUGGCAAUUUUGGCAUUCGUUCUUAAUGAUCAUCAAUUAAAAUAUUGUUAUUAUAUUAUUUUACGUAUUAGUUGCUACUAAUUUAACUAAACUGGAUGAAACAUGGCUCUAUACUGUGCAAUAUCAAAUGAAGUUCCCGAGGUUGCAGUAGUGUCUCCAACGUCUGGCGCCGUUUUUGAGAAGCGAAUUAUAGAGAAAUAUAUAAUAGAAAAUGGCGUGGAUCCGAUUAAUGGGAAAGAAUUACGGGUGGAAGAUCUUAUUGAAAUUAAAACCCCACCGAUAGUGAAGCCAAAGCCACCAAGUGCCACAUCGAUUCCGGCAACCUUGAAGAGUAUGCAGGAUGAGUGGGAUGCUCUGAUGCUUCACACUUUUACACAGAGGCAGCAACUGCAGACUGCUCGACAGGAAUUAAGUCACGCACUGUACCAACACGACGCGGCGUGUCGUGUGAUUGCCCGUCUCACCAAGGAGGUGACAGCUGCUCGUGAAGCGCUCGCCACGCUGAAGCCCCAGGCCGGUAUUGUCGCUCCACAGCCAGUUCACCAGGCGGAGGGCGCGGGCGCGGCGGGCGCGGCUGCGGUGGGCAUGUCGGCGGAGGUGGUGGCGCGGCUCCAGGAGCGAGCCACCGCCCUCACGCAGGAGCGAAAGCGGCGCGGACGCACCGUGCCCGAGGGACUCGUGGGGCCCGACCAGAUACGGGCCUUCCUUACGCUCGCUUCGCAUCCCGGUCUCCAUUCGGCUAGUGUUCCCGGCAUCCUGGCAUUGGACAUCAACCCGUCAGAUCACAGCAAGCUGUUGACGGGUGGUAACGAUCGCAACGCGACUGUCUUCAAUAAGGACACUGAACAGAUGGUCGCCAUCCUCAAGGGCCACACGAAGAAGGUGACCCGCGUCAUCUACCAUCCAGAUGAGGAUACCGUCAUCACCGCCUCUCCAGAUCACACUAUACGCGUUUGGAAUGUGCCCACAUCACAGACAACAGUGAUACUGCGUUCACACGAAGGCCCCGUGACGGGCCUCUCGCUCCAUCCCACCGGAGACUACGUGCUGUCCACAUCCACCGACCAGCACUGGGCCUUCUCCGACAUACGCACCGGUGCGCUGCUCACCAAAGUGAGCGACGCGUCCGGAGUCAGCCUCACCACAGCGCAGUUCCAUCCUGACGGCCUCAUCUUUGGCACCGGCACCGAAAACUCACAAGUCAAGAUCUGGGACUUGAAAGAGCAGAGCAACGUCGCAAAUUUCCCAGGACACGUCGGGCCCGUUACCUCCAUAUCAUUCUCUGAGAACGGUUACUAUCUAGCUACUGCUGCAGAAGACGCGUGUGUUAAACUCUGGGACUUGAGGAAGUUAAAGAACUUCAAAACUAUCCAGCUCGAAGAAGGGUACGCUAUAAAGGAGCUGUGCUUCGACCAGAGCGGAACCUAUCUCGCUAUAGCAGGAACAGAUGUGAGGGUAUAUCUCUGCCGUCAGUGGCAGGAGUUGAAACUCUUCAAUGAUCAUACGGCAGCAGCCACAGGAGUCCGGUUUGGAAAGAACUCGCAGUACAUAGCGUCUACCAGUAUGGACCGGACGCUCAAACUAUACGGCAUUGAAUAAUGUUAAUAUUAUACUUUUUUGUAUGUAUGUAUGUACAAUACAUAUUUGAUAAGCUGCUGUACUUUUAACAUGUUUUGACGAGAGAAAAUUUAAUAUUUU